AUGCUUGAUGCUGGUGCCGGCACCGGCCUGUUGUCGCAUUGCUUGAAGGAUGCAGGUGUCAAGGAGGCUACUGCCAUCGACAUCAGCCCAGAGAUGCUUUCCAAAGCAAUGCGAUCUGGCUUCUACUCCUGUUGCAAGGUGGUGGACCUUAAAAAAAGUUUUGGAUUCGCAGACAAUGCGUUUGACGUUAGUUUGUGCCUUGGAACACUCACUUACAUGGAGCCAGCUGAUGACACCAUUGCAGAGCUUUGUCGAGUGACAAGAGUUGGUGGCUAUGUGAUUUUCAGCAUGAGAACCGACCUUUGCGAAAAGUGGGAGGGCGCUCUUCAAAACUUCGUUGAUAAGAAAAUCUGGGCUCACAUGGGCACUAGCGAAGGCUUCGAUUAUUUACCAGCCAAUCCGGAGUACGGACAAAAUAUUUUGGUGAAAGUUUACAUCUACAAGACCUUGCAGUAA